GGCGCCCUGUGUCCAAGAUGGCGUCGGAGGCGCCUGUGAGCGCCGCCGAGCGCUACCGGCCCAACCGCUUCGUCUCGCUGCCGGCCGAGCUCGACCGCAGCACCUUCGACGUGCCGCCGGAGAGCCGCCGUGCUGAGGCCGAGCGCUUAGCUAUCCGCGCCCGGCUCAAGCGGCAGUACCAGCUGCAGCUGAACAACCCCAACCGUCCGCCAGUCAUCGAAAACCCUGCCCUGACCCGCUGGGUCUACGCCCGGACGCACAAUGUGUACCCUACCUUCCGCCCGACACCGAAGACGUCCUUCCUAGGGCUUGUUUUUGGCCUAGGCCCUCUCCUCUUCUGGGCUGCUGUCUUCAAGUUUGAAAGGGAUCACAAAGAGAAGCUUAUCAAGGAAGGUAAAUACGAGCGACCGUUCAGUUUAUUUUAAGCUCCUGGAACUGCAGUGCUGCUGAUGGCAUAUAAAUAAAAUAAGAUGUAUUGUUA